CAUUAGCUAGUAUGUUAUUUUCAUGAAAAGACUAAUGUAAUAUGGUGGGAGAAGUACUUAGAUAUGUUACUAGGUAGUAAAAAUAGCAAAACACUGUAAAAGUAUUUCAUUUAGAAUCUUACUUUAAAGUACAAAAGGAAAAGUCUACUCAUGUUACAGCUGUAAAAGGCAGGGCUGAUUUUAACUACUUUAUAUUCUGCCUGGAAGCCUUAGUUUGUGUUUUUAUAUCAGAAUGUGUUAAGUGAUUUAUACUUAAUAUUGAUAGUCUAAAUCUGCAAAAGUAACUAGCGACUCAUGUGGUUAAAAAAAUGUUGUGGAGCAAAAUACUGGCUUUCAAAAUGUAGUGGAUUACUAUAAUAAGGUAGUAUAACUAUAUAUAUAAAAAAAGCUACAAUUGUACUUAAGUACAAUACUUCAGUAAAUGUAUUUAUUUACAUUCCACCACCACUAAGAAUAAGUACAUUUUCGAUGUGUGAUGUGGGGUUUGUGCCACCAGGGUUCCCAUCAUGCUUUGGGUGAUGUAAACAGGAAGUGUAAUGUUGCUCUGAAGUUAGUCCAGUCAGUUAACUCCAGGUUACAGGAAAACAUGACUGAAUAAUGCGAUGAUUGAUACAGGAUAUAAUGUGUAAUAUAUGCCUUUACGCGUUUUUCACUUAAUAUUUAUAUUUUGGUGAAUUUACGGCAUGAAAAGUCAUGCUACAUUAGCUAUUAGCAGGUUUGUUUUGUUUGCAUGGGAGAAACUGAAGGAAUACUAUAAGUAAAGUCAAUUAUUAAAGUCAUUAUAUGCGACUUUCUAAGAAAGUAUUUAGCUGUGACUAGCUGGUUCUCAAAGUUAUAUAGACAAAUGGUUUCAUGAUAUUAUUCACGGUUUAAAGUAAACAGUUGUAGUAAGGCGACCAACUUGUAGGCCCCGCCCACCAGGAAGUACGCAUAUAAACUCAGCAGCGCUUUCAGUUUCAGCAAUGUGUGUACGGAAGACAGCAGACUAGUAACACUGAGGACGCGAGCUGUUUGUCAGCCUUAACUUUUAAACUGAUCACCUCCCAGUAUCAUGUGCUGAGGCUCGUUGGUCAUAACCAACGAGCCCGCAGUGUUGAAGGCAGCAGCUAAGUGCUGGACAAACUCCGCAGUUAACUCCUUCCUGACUGCUCUUUUGGCGCACAGUGGUACUCAAAAGAACGGGUGAAGAAUGGAAGAUGCGGAGAAAAGCAAGCUUGAGGAGUUGCUGAUGUGCCCAGUGUGCCAGGACAUCUUUAGAGAUCCCCGGCAGCUGCCCUGUGGACACAGCAUGUGUUUGGUCUGUCUGGAAACCGUGAUGGAUCACUCCUCCGACGUUCCCUUCCGGUGUCCAGACUGUAGGGCAGAUUUUGGACCGAUCUUUGGGGUGUACAAGAGCUUCGCACUGGCCAACAUCGUAGAGGACUUCCGGAUAUACAGGAAGAGGAGGGAAGAGCAGACAAAAAGUGUGUACUGCGACUUCUGCCUGGAGAAAGAAACUCUGGCCAUCAAAACGUGCCUGAAGUGCGAGGUGUCGCUGUGCACGGAGCACGUCAAGGACCACCUGGAGCUGCCGGUGUUCACGGGGCACCCUUUGGUGAGGCCUCUGAGUGACCUCCUGGAGAGGAGAUGCCCACAGCACGAGGACGAGGUGCUGAGGUACUACUGCAACACGUCCAGGCGCUACCUCUGCAACAUUUGCGCCCUGGAGGGCAAGCAGCACAACCUGGCCAUCGAGACCUCCGUCCUGCGGAGACAGCUGACUGAGUACAUGGACCAACGCUUCGACAAGCUGAAGGAGCAAGUUGGAGAGUCCAAUGAGUCGAUAAAAAAACUGCAGGAAGACUUCAAACGUGAAAAGCGGAGAGCGAACCCCGUCGUCUCGUCCCUCAACAAUGUCACGAUGGUGCUUCUCUGUCUGUGGGUCGUUGUCGUGUGUUACGCGUACAACUACAUUGUGCAAAUCCAGACGAUCACCAACACGCUGGAAGAACAGCAGAACCAUGUGAAUCAGAUUUAUACCACCAUUGUGGAACUCUUGGUUAAUCAUCCAAUAAAGAGCCACAAACCUCCAGAGACUGAAGAUCAAGACAUGACAUCCUCUGAGUACAAUCAUACAAAAUGGAUCAAGUGAUCCGUCCUCAGUUCUGGUCCUGAACGGAAAGCUCUGCACUCAUCUGGUGAGAAAAGAAGAAACGGACACAAACAGUAGAAUUUACAUCACAUUUACAAACCUCUGUGCCUACUACCACAACAAGUAUGAAAUAAAGCUACUGCAAAAACAACAGUCUUUGUUAAGGUUGGGAUAUCUGAAUGCAAAUUUUAUAUAUACUAUAACUUUCACGACUUUGUUCUGACUUUUUUCGACAUGCUAUAUUAUGACUUUCUGUCGUAUGACUACUUUUUACUUGCGCUUUUUCAUCACUUCAUGCAACAUACUAUAUAAUUACUUUUUUCAUCAUACUAUGACUUUUUACACUUGAUUUGACAUACUACUAUAUUAUUACUUUUAUAUGACUUUGUUAAACAUACUAUUCCUUGACCUUUUUUGUCAUACUAUACCAUGGCUUUUUAUGUUUUUGGACAUUCUAUAUUUUAUUUUUUAGAUAAACUAUAUGACAUUUUUUCUGACUCUUUUCGACAUAAUUUUUCUAAGAUUUUGUUGGUGAUGUUUUUCGACGCUUUACUAUGACUUUUUUAUAACUUUUUUUCAAGAGUUUGAGAUUAAACCCAGAUACUGCCCUGGGAAAUACCGACAUGGUGACCGGAGCCUAUCUCACCGGCCAGGGGGGGACAGAGGCUCAGCUGAGAUGGAAGUUGACUCAAUCAUCAUGGUGCAGUGAGAGACUACAGGUGAUUCAAAGAGCCAUGGAGCUAGAUGCAGAACUACAAGUCUCAAAACAUACACGGAACAGUGCAGUGCAAAGGAGUAAAGCAGCGUAAGGAGACUCUGAGACCAUAUGAAACACCAAAGUUGCCUUGCAGAAGAUAAAGAGCUGAGGGGUGCAGGUCAUUAGACUCCAGACACAAAAAACAUCUCACCAGGAUACCCGUAGAGCAAUGGAAUAGAGGAAGCAGCAGUGAAUGCAGCCAAAAGGCUGAUGGCAAAAAGCUAAAUGAGCAGGCAACGACCCGUAUUUGGUCCUGCUGGACCACAGGAACACUCCACUGCAGAGUACUGACAGCAGCAAUGAUGCUCAUGGGGAGGCGAACCCAAACUCUCUGCUUACUGUAAACCGAGACCAACAGCAAGCAAACAGAAUGAAGCUGCACUACAAAGUCAAAGGAGAUGAGAUAAUCACUACAAUGCUACUGCCAAGGACUUCAGCUGCAUAGAGGAGUAAUUGGGGACAAAUCAGGAUGACCAAAGAGAUAGAUGAUAGCUUGAAAGCAGUGGAUGGAGCUACUUCUGAGCAGCUUGGUGAAUCAGAACCAACAUAAGAUGGACAGAACAUCAUUCAUUUCUGAUGUAUUUUUCUUUUUUUUUGGUUACAACAAUCAUCAAAAUGAUGGACAGGUAGUUACUUUAGUUAACAUUACAUGGCAACAGGAAGGUGGCUUAAAACAGUCCGUAGCGUUCUUUAAGUUGUGUUGCAGAGGCAAUUUAUUUGCUCAGGCUGCUUGUCAUCAAACUUGACCAUUAAUGGACAAAUAUUCUCACGUAAUUCACUUGCUGAUCAAAUGAACUUGUAACUUUGGCCUCUAAACAUGACAAAACAGACGUUCAUGUUCGCUACAAGAAAGAAAGCUUGACGUAACCUCGAGUUUCAAUGGACACUCACCACUCAUUCUUGUCCUGUUCAGCACCUGUACUGAGGUGCAACAUCCAAAUUACACAAAACAGAGUACAUUGUGAUGUUAGACACAUUUUGUACAUUUGAAAGUUAUUUAUGGUUUUAUUGUAUUUAUUUAAUCCAAGAACAAAAUUGAGACCAUCAUAAAAACAAAUUCAGUUUCAAUGGUACCCUGGUAAAAAAAAAAAAACAUUCCAGCUUCUCCACUCUAGUUUCAGAAAUAAAGGAAUUGAAAACAAUCGGAAUCUAUGUAACUUUUGUUGAACACCAGCCAUUUUGGCCACAAGUGCCAAGUACGGGCCAAUGGAAAAUGGCAACGUGUAGCUUUGCAGUAACAUAGGUAGGGAGGAAUCACAUAACAGCAAACUGACUAACAUUUCGUUACACAUCAGCAUCUAUAUAAAGGUUGCCAACUUUAGCCACCAUAAGCUACUGGUCGUACCAGAUGAAGUCAGGCUGUAGCAGUGCAUUCAACUGAGCCAUUAGCUACAAGUCAGUCCUGCUUUAAGAAACAUAGCAAAAAGAGAAAGGAAUGGAUUGAGCAAAUCUGCUCAUUUAUUAAGAAAACAUGAAAGUCAAGCUUUUAUUUUUUUAACAGUUAUCUGAACAGAAUGCUUUACAAAAAAUGAAG